GGGAUUGCAGCAUGGCCGUACCCCUGGUGAGUGAUUUCUCACUUUCUGUCUCUCUGUCUUUAUCUGUCUUUCUGGCAAGCGCAUGCAAUAAAAGAAAAGUUGCAGGGCCAGAUGACAGUGCAGUGGUGACCCACUGGAUACACAUGGAAAGAUCACAGGUCUGCAUCUUUGGACCUCCCUGAACAUACCAGUGAGGAUGCUCCAGGACCUCAGAGAUUCCAACAGCUCUAACUUCCAGGUCUCUGAGUUCAUCCUGAUGGGAUUCCCAGGCAUUCACAGCUGGCAACACUGGCUCUCCCUACCUCUGGCUCUGAUUUAUCUCUUAGCUCUCAGUGCCAACAUUCUUAUCCUGAUCAUCAUCAAUCAAGAGGCAGCACUGCACCAGCCUAUGUACCAUUUCCUGGGCAUCUUGGCUGUAGUAGACAUGGGCCUGGCUACCACCAUCAUGCCCAAGAUUUUGGCCAUCUUAUGGUUUGAUGCCAAGACUAUCAGCCUCCCUGAGUGCUUUGUUCAGAUGUAUGUCAUACACUGUUUUGUGGGAAUGGAGUCAGGCAUCUUCGUCUGCAUGGCUAUAGAUAGAUAUGUAGCCAUUUGUCGACCACUACGAUACCCAUCAAUAGUUACUGAAUCUUUUGUGAUCAAAACAGCUGUGUUCAUGGCACUCAGAAACAGCCUGUGUCCCGUCUCAGUGCCUGUGUUGGCCGCCCAAAGACACUACUGCUCCAGGAAUCGUAUUGAACACUGCCUUUGUUCUAAUCUUGGAGUCACUAGCCUCUCCUGUGAUGACAGGACAAUCAACAGUAUUAACCAACUAAUUCUGGCUUGGACACUGAUGGGUAGUGACCUGUGUUUGAUUAUUUUAUCUUACGCUUUAAUACUUCAUUCUGUGCUGAAUCUGAACUCAGCAGAAGCUGUAUCUAAGGCCUUAAGUACCUGCACUUCCCACCUCAUACUAAUCUUCUUUUUCUACACAGUCAUUAUUGUCAUUUCUAUUACCCACAGUGCAGGAAUGAGAGUUCCCCUCAUCCCAGUUAUACUCAAUGUGCUACACAAUGUCAUCCCCCCUGCUCUCAAUCCCAUGGUAUAUGCUCUCAAGAACAAGGAGCUCAGGCAUAGCUUGUACAAAGUGCUUAGGCUAGACAUCAAGGGAAACUAACUGAAGAAGAUACCCACAUUGAGUAUACUCCCCACGUAUUUAUCCGUAAUACUUUCUAGUGUGUGCCAAUAGCAGAAAUAAGGGACAAAGACACUGUGGUAGCAUUUUAUGCAGCAUAGGAAAUCAGCAUAGGAAAAAAAGUUUUGGAAUAAAAUACAUUUUGGAAUAAAGAGAUGGACAUGCUUUUUAGAAAUAUGUAUGUCAAGCUGAAAUUGUCAUCAUGAAGAUUAAUAUCAUGUGGGGUCAGCAGGUGGUGUGGUGGCUAAGGCACUGGAU